AUGUUCUACAGUCACGAAAUUCUUACGAAACGGGAGUAUGGCGUUACAACGGUGUGGCUCGUGUCCACAAUCGGCCUUCGGUCCACCAACCGAAAGAUAUCGCGGAAGGACAUCCAAGCCGUGAACGUGAAGCAGGCAUGCGAGACCAUCCUCAAGCCUGCGGCGCCCAUCGCCUUGCGUCUCCAAGGCACCCUGCUCUAUGGGGUCUCGCGAGUGUAUUCAGAGCAGUGCCGCUAUGUGCUCACCGACGCGGAAAGAGUCCAGGCCCAGAUGAGGGCAUUCCACAACGCGCUGGGCUGCAGUGAUAAGGCCCUUGAUCCGCAUGCGGGAAAAUCCAGACGCAAGGAACUCAUCCUGGAAGAUGAUCCAGAGUUCGAACUCAGAAUCGACCUUCCAACCUUACAACUUGACGAUGACGGCAACCUAGUCGUACAUCAACAGGGCAGUCAGAAUUCACGCAAGACCUCGUCUCAACUUUCUCCGCCACAGCUCGAUGACUCUUUCUCCAGCUCAAAUCGUUCUGUUCUCGGUGGUUUCAAUUUCUCGCAAGCAUCUUUUGGCGAAAACCCUUUGGCGGAAGGAGCUUUUAGGGUAGGCACGAUGACGCCUAGCAAGGCUGGCGACGAACUGCUGCCGUUUGGCGACGAGGAGCGGGAACUUGAGGCAUUCGACGACUGGGGCAUCGAGAUUGACGCAGACGGUAACGUCAUUCCGGCUGCUGAAGAGCCUCAGCUGCCUCGGCUUCCGCGUCCAGAACCCGCCGGAGAUGCACCUAUCUUACAACAAGAGGAGUUUUUGCCUUUCGAUGCCGAAGGUGAUGUCCCGAUGAGCGGUGGCACCUACUCCAUGGCCUCUGACCCGCCAGUUUUCAUCCAACAAAUCCAGCAGCAGCAGCAAGAACGGGAGAGGGAACCUGAGAUAGAGCGAGAAGAAGAGGAAUUCGCCAUGGAAGAUGAAGCGGUCUUUACCCAGGCUUCAGAGCGCGCUAGGCGCCGUCGGCGUCGUGCGGUCGUAGCACCUGACGACCAGACCAGGGUUUCCCGUCAUGAACUCAAAUCAUGGUCCACGAAUUAUCUUGCCAAUUCAGAGCAGGCCAUCCAGCGGCGCCGUGCAACCACCGCUGCUGAAGCACGAAGAAAUGCCUUCAACCUGGUUUUUGGCCGCGGCAUCGCCGGCGUUGGCCUUCCCACUGGUGUGCCCGGACUUUCCCACCCGCUUUCGGUCCAAUUUGCCCACCAGGGGCUACAAGCCCGGCUGCUAGGCAUUUUCAUUGACCAACCCGAUGGCCAAGAGACGCGCCCACGCAGCCGUCGCCGCUCAGCCCUAGAAGCCCUCGAACUCGACGAGGAGGACGCAGAGCGUCGCGUCCGGCCUCGUCUAAGCAAUGGACCCGACGAUCAAAACCAGGACCAGCAUCACGUUCAGUCCGAUGACGCCCAUCUUCUCCUUGUUGACGAUGAGGCCAAUCUUCCCCCUGUGGAAGUCGGCAGACGUGCGGGUUCUUCCAACCACGACAUUUUGUCCGAUCUACCCUGGAAUCGCGGUUCUUCCCAGCUGGCCCCAAGCUCUUCAGUCAGGGGCGGCAGCAAGCCGCCCAGCAGGCGCGUCAGCGCCAGCCCACUCCAUGGCCGAGGUAGCCAUAUUAAUCCCAUCGGGCCAGAACUCGAGAUAGAGCGCUUCAGCGACCAGCCCGCCAUCUUCGGCUCAGACGACGGUAACUUCGCGCUCCUCCAUUCCGCGCAGGGCUUUUCUUCCGACCCUGUCCUGCCGCCCCACGAAGAGAGCCAGACGACCUCACAGAUGAUGCGGCGCGCCCUGGACCUCGAGGGACGCAACUUCCUGGGCUUCAUCGAGGACGUUGCGCGGGCGAAAGGUUACCUUCUAGAAGACGACAACGAUGACAGGCAGUGGGUCGAUUUCGAGCAUCUCUUUGAGCCGGGCGACCAGCAGCGCGAGACGGUUGCACAGGCGUUUUAUCAUGUCCUUUCUCUCGCCACGAAGAACAUGAUCAAGGUCCAGCAGGACGGUCAUAAUACUAACGAGGCGUUUGGGACUAUCCGGCUCGGGGUUCAGUUGCCUGAGGCGGGUAGGGCUGGUGAAGGUAUGGAGGGUAUGCCCGGUCAUGAUGAUAACUAG